CAGCCCAAACCAACCAUGGCUGUUUUAAUGUGUCUUAGGUGGUCUGCUCAUGAGAAGGCUGUGGGGUCGUUGGCACGGAAACUGGGGUUCACACAGGUGUCGCUGUCCAGUGAGGUGAUGCCCAUGAUACGAGCUGUACCCAGAGGGUACACAGUCUGUGCAGAUGCCUACCUCACACCCAAAAUACGGCAGUAUCUGCGUGGCUUCACCUCUGGGUUCAGGGGAGGCCUGAAGGAUGUGGAUGUGCUGUUCAUGCAGUCAGACGGUGGGCUGACUCCCAUGGGGCAGUUCUGCGGCUCGCGAGCGGUGCUGUCUGGGCCGGCGGGAGGUGUGGUGGGCUACGCCGUCACCUCCUACAGCUCCACGGAGAACAAGCCCGUCAUCGGCUUUGACAUGGGGGGCACCUCCACGGACGUAAGCCGCUACGCUGGCCAGUACGAGCACGUGUUUGAGGCGACCACCGCAGGCGUCACACUGCAGGCCCCUCAGUUGGACAUCAACACCGUGGCUGCAGGCGGGGGCUCUCGACUCUUCUUUAGGUCAGGCAUGUUUGUGGUGGGACCCGAGUCAGCUGGAGCCCAUCCUGGACCUGCCUGCUACAGAAAGGGCGGCCCUCUUACUGUCACCGAUGCCAACCUGGCGCUCGGCAGGCUCUUGCCCGCCUUCUUCCCACGCAUCUUCGGCCCGGGCGAGAACGAGCCGCUCUCCAGCGAAGAGACCAUGCGCCACUUCCGCCAGCUCACCAAGGAGAUCAACCUCUUCCUGUCGGCUCAGUCACAGGGCGGUGCCAACGGGCCCGGCCAGGCCAGGAGCAGCGGUGCAGCCCGGGGGAGCAAAACAGAAAUGAGCGUCGAGGCGGUUGCCAUGGGUUUCAUCCGUGUGGCCAAUGAGGCCAUGUGUCGGCCAAUCAGAGCACUGACUCAGGCGAAGGGCCAUGACACAUCUAAGCACGUGUUGGCUUGCUUUGGCGGAGCUGGUGGCCAACAUGCCUGUGCCAUUGCACGUGCCCUGGGCAUGAAGACUGUCUUCAUUCACAAGUACAGCGGUGUUUUGUCGGCGUACGGGUUGGCCCUGGCUGACGUGGUGGAGGAGGUGCAGGAGCCGUGCUCUCUGCAGUACGAGUCGCGCUCCUUCACUGAGCUGGACCGCCGGGUGGACCUGCUCUCCCAGCGAUGCCAGGACACACUACGGGCCCGAGGCUUCAACAGUUCUCAGAUCCAGACUGAGGUGUUCCUUCACCUGCGUUAUGAGGGAACUGAUUGUGCUCUCAUGGUAACGGCCACUGGUUACCCAGGCAACCCUCAGUCCUGCCGUGCUGGAGACUUCCGCUCUGCAUUUACUAAAAGAUAUCUGAAAGAGUUUGGUUUUACCAUUCCUGAUCGACCCAUCAUGGUUGAUGACAUCCGGAUAAGAGGAUCGGGGAUGUCGGGCAUUAAAUCAGUGACUCAAACCAAAUCAGACUGUGGGCCUGCCAAAGCCGCAACGGUUACCAAAUGUUACUUUGAGGAUGGCUACUUAGAUACCAGUGUGUACCUGUGGGAGGAGCUAUCAUGUGACCAUAGCAUCCCGGGUCCUGCCAUGAUCAUUGACAAGAACAGCACCAUUUUGGUGGAGCCUGGCUGCACGGCCCAGCUGACUGAGAAGGGUGACGUGUGCAUCAGCGUGGAGACCGACUCUCUGUGUGCGCUCGGCACCGAACUCAACGCCAUCCAGCUGUCCAUCUUCUCACAUCGCUUCAUGAGCAUCGCAGAGCAAAUGGGCCGUGUGCUCCAGAGAACCUCCAUUUCCACCAACAUAAAGGAGCGUCUGGACUUCUCCUGCGCCGUGUUCGGGCCUGACGGAGGGUUGGUGUCCAACGCCCCGCACAUCCCUGUGCACCUGGGGGCCAUGCAGGAGACUGUGCAGUACCAGAUUAAAGCACUGGGGAGCAGUCUGAAGGAGGGAGAUGUGAUUUUAAGUAAUCACCCGUGUGCUGGAGGAAGCCACCUGCCAGACCUCACUGUAAUCACACCAGUGUUCUGGCGUGGUGUGAGUGGACCGGUGUUUUUCGUGGCCAGCAGGGGGCACCAUGCCGACAUUGGGGGAAUCACUCCAGGCUCCAUGCCCCCACAUUCCAAAUCUCUGCAGGAGGAGGGAGCCGUCUUCAUCUCCUUCAAGCUGGUCACGGGGGGAGUUUUCCAGGAGCAAGCUGUCACAGAGGCCCUCAUGGCACCGGCACAAUACCCGGGAUGCUCUGGAACUCGCAAUCUCCAUGACAACCUGUCUGACCUGCGGGCACAGGUGGCAGCCAAUCAGAGAGGGAGUCUCCUGGUGGGCGAGUUGAUUGAUCAUUAUGGGCUGCCUGUAGUUCAGGCCUACAUGGGCUACAUUCAGAGCAAUGCAGAGUUGGCCGUAAGAGACAUGCUGAAAGAAUUUGCACGUCGGCGGCAACAGCAACAGACCGGCUCCCUAGAAGUGGAAUCUGAGGACUUCAUGGAUGACGGAACACCGAUCAGACUGCGAGUGAAGAUCAAUGAGCAGGAGGGCAGUGCAGUGUUCGACUUCACAGGCACGGGACCAGAAGUGUGGGGGAACUGUAAUGCUCCUCGUGCCAUCACCUUGUCCGCACUAAUCUACUGCCUGCGCUGUAUGGUGGGCCAAGACAUCCCACUCAACCAGGGCUGCCUUGCGCCAAUAAAAGUUAUCAUUCCGCCUGGCUCCAUCCUCCAGCCAUCCCACAGUGCAGCAGUGGUGGGGGGCAACGUGCUGACAUCACAAAGGGUUGUAGAUGUCAUCUUCCGUGCAUUCGAAGUGUGCGCAGCCUCCCAGGGCUGCAUGAACAAUGUGUCCUUUGGGAGUGAGAGGAGUGGUUACUACGAGACCGUGGCUGGGGGUGCUGGUGCCGGCCCAGGCUGGCAUGGGCGUAGCGGGGUCCACAGUCACAUGACCAACACGCGCAUCACCGACCCAGAAAUUCUGGAGAAGCGAUAUCCUGUGGUCUUGGAGCAGUUCUCCUUGCGGCCUGGCUCGGGGGGUGCAGGGCAAUAUCGAGGAGGUGACGGGGUGAUCCGGAAACUUCUGUUCCGGGAGAAGGUGGUACUGUCUGUUCUGACAGAGAGGCGAUCUACACAGCCCUAUGGACUUAAUGGAGGGGAGAGCGGAGCAGCAGGUCUGAACCUACUUCACAGGGCUGAUGGGAGAGUUCUUAACGUGGGGGCCAAGACCUCAGUCAGCCUGGACCCUGGGGACAUGUUCAGUCUGCACACCCCAGGAGGAGGGGGCUAUGGGAAGGAGGAAGAUGGAGACGAACCUCAGCCUUCCAAGCGCAGACGGCUCAACGAGACCUUCAUCGAGCGAGGGAGCGUAUUUGAGUACCGCCGCGCGCAGGAGAGUGUGUGAGAAGGUGAAAAAAAAAAUGACAUGGAAAGAGGAGAUGGCGAGAAAAGAAAAAGGGAUGUGAUGGAAAUGUGAAAGGGAAAUAGAGAAUUUUAUAGUUUUCUACAAAAGAGUGGCAUUAGAAGAUGAAUGAAUGUGCCGUUGUGGUUUAUUUGUAGAGUUACAGUGCACACAGUAGUCGUCAAUGGCAAAAGUCUCAAAAAUCUACAUUUCUUUUUGGGAAAGUCUUUUUUAAACCUUUUGAAAUGAACUGCAAACAUUUGUGACACUUAGCCUUUGUAGCAGAAGCUCAUAUAUUGUCUUGGAUGUUGUUGCAGACAUACUCCACUGUGAGGAUACAGAGAAUCAGAUUAUACAUGCAGUUUGUUGUUACAGGCAUCAGAAACCUAUCCAACAGUGGGAGGCCAUUUUAAAAUAUCAGUGUUAAACCAGUCACCUCAGCAGGCCAAGCACAGUGUAACAAACAAUAAAGGACAGGCUGGGUGGUAGUCUCUCACCACUGAUAAGAUGGAGCUAUGCAGGAACACUGUCUUUACUGUGAUGUGCUCUCAUUCCAUACAUGCAUAUAUUCACUGAUGUCUCUGCAUGUCGGCAUUUUGGAGUGGAUGGGAAUCAAACCAGUAUUUCACUCCUUUCAGAUGACCUGUACUGUUUUUAUUUCAUUUGGCAACAGACAAAGAUAUAUAUAUUUUAAAUAAACACAACUGAUAAAUUAAAA